AUAAGAGAUCGUUUGGUGACGAGGUUUACAUUUUGUCGAAAUUGAAAAAAGCUCGGCAAUAACGAAGAGUAGAAGAAAAUCCUCAAAAGCUACAGAAGAUGUCAGACGAAUUGGCUCUCGCGAUUGGUAUCGACCUUGGAACAACUUAUUCCUGUGUUGGAGUCUUUCAACAUGGUAAAGUUGAGAUCAUCGCGAACGACCAAGGAAAUCGAACGACCCCUAGCUAUGUCGCCUUCAGUGAAGAGGAGCGCUUGAUAGGCGAUGCAGCCAAGAAUCAGGCAACUCUCAACCCAAACAAUACAAUCUUUGAUGCCAAGAGACUUAUUGGUAGGAAAUUCAACGACCCCCUGGUUCAAUCCGACAGAAAAAAUUGGCCUUUCGAAGUAGUCAACGAGGGUGGGAAACCAAAAGUGCGCGUGCAGUACAAAGGCUCGGGGAAAAAUUUUACACCAGAGGAGAUCAGUGCCAUGGUCCUGACCAAGAUGAAAGAGGUAGCCGAAGCUUACCUGGGACAGACUAUUAAGGAUGCUGUUGUCACAGUACCAGCUUACUUCAACGAUUCACAGCGACAGGCCACCAAAGAUGCUGGAACUAUAGCCGGGCUGAAUGUCAUAAGAAUCAUUAAUGAGCCCACCGCCGCCGCCCUCGCGUACGGUUUGGAGAAAAACCUCAUCGGUGAAAAGAACGUGUUGAUUUUCGACCUUGGAGGAGGUACCUUUGACGUCUCUGUGCUAACCAUCGACGAAGGGUCAUUCUUCCAGGUCCUCUCCACAGCUGGCAACACCCAUCUUGGGGGAGAAGAUUUCGACAAUCGCAUGGUGGACUAUUUUGUGUCAGAUUUCAAGCAGAAACACAAAAAAGAUCUCAAAACCAACCCAAAAUCCUUGCGUCGCCUGAAGACCGCCUGCGAAAGAGCCAAGAAAACUCUUUCGUCAAACAGCCAGGCUAAUGUAGAGAUCGAUUCACUGUUUGAGGGAAUUGAUUUUUAUUCCAGGAUAACCCGCGCCAAAUUUGAAGAGCUCUGUAUGGAUCUGUUCCGUUCAUGCCUCGGCCCAGUGGAAACUGCCCUUGCCGAUGCAAAGCUUGACAAACGUAAAAUCCAUGACGUGGUUCUCGUUGGAGGAUCUACAAGAAUCCCAAAGGUACAAAGUCUAUUGGAAGAAUUUUUCGAAGGAAAACAGCUGAACAAAUCAAUCAACCCCGACGAGGCCGUGGCGUAUGGUGCCGCUAUCCAGGCAGCGGUCUUGUCCGGAGACAGACCUUCCGAACUCAGGGAUAUCCUGCUACUCGACGUUGCUCCCUUGAGUCUCGGGAUUGAAACUGCCGGUGGGGUAAUGUCCACUAUAAUUGAACGCAAUACAAAGAUCCCAGCGCAAGUUUCUAGGUCGGAGUUCUCAACUUACUCAGACAAUCAGCCAGCUGUUACCAUCCAGGUGUUUGAAGGGGAACGUGCCUUCACAAGAGACAACAAUCAACUGGGACGAUUUGAUCUGAAUGGAAUCCCUCCUGCGCCAAGAGGUGUGCCCAGGAUCGAGAUCUCCUUUGAUGUUGACGCCAACGGGAUCUUAACUGUGUCCGCCAAGGAUCAGAGCACUGGUAAGAGCAACAACAUCACUAUCACCAACGACAAGGGAAGGCUGUCCAAAACGGACAUCGACCGCAUGGUGAAGGAAGCGGAGAUGUUCAAGGAAGAAGACGAGAAGCAACGCGACAAGGUGAAUGCAAGAAACAACCUGGAGAGCUAUGCACACCAAGUCAAACAAGCCGUAGAAGAUCCGAAAAAUGAUCCCAAGCUUGAUCCUGAAGAUAAGAAGAUAGCGAAGAACAAGGCCCAAGAAGUGAUUGCUUGGUUGGAACGCAAUCAAGAAGCUGAAAAAGGGGAGUAUGAAGAAAAGCAAAGAGAUCUACAGCAAGUGUGUUCACCAAUCAUGUCCAAGGUAAAAGAACAGGAGACCCCGGAACAAGGGCGGGGAAACAGCUGUGGCAAUGGACCUUCGAGUGCAAUGCCUGCCCCUAACAAAUAUAAUUCUAAAAUCGAAGAAAUUGAUUGACUGAACGCUCCUAAGGAGUGUUAUUAUUUGGCAUAGUCUAGUUGGCAUAGACUUUAAAAAUAUUUUAAAUUAGUUUUUGAUAGUUAGUUUUAGAUCAAAUCACGAACUAUAGUGGGAGAUUGGAUAACAAACAUUAUGAAUAACUAAGGUUUGGAAAAUUUCUUUUUGUAGUACAAGAAACGAUUUUGUAUUUAAUUUAGGUUUCUCGAAUCUAGUUUCGCCUAUCGGGCAUGUUAUUCGUGUCACGCAUAGCGACUCGUUGCAUAUGUUUUCAGUUUCCAUUAAAGGUAGUUUGACACCAAACUUCUUUCGUGAUCUGUGAGAUAUAUUGAAAGAGGUGCCAAGAAUGUUAGUAGUGGGAAAGAUCUUCGAUGAUGUAAAAUAAAACCAAUCAACACAUGAA